AUGGUGCCGCUAUCUUGCACGUUUUUAGGCCCUUUUACUGAAGAACUCUUUGACCAGUUCGCGGCCUAUUUCCCUUUGGAUUUCAAACCGUCUCCUGACGAUCUUUAUGGGAUAACUGUUGAGGUUCUUUCACAUGCUCUUGAAGAAUGCUUGACUUCUACGCCUGCUUUCGCUCCAUUCUGUUUGACCUUUAUCGAAGGCAAUUUAACUUUCAACUCUGAAGAUAGAAUUAUACCUACCCUUAAGCUUUUGAAAGUCGCCUUCGAGAAAUUUCCUGUUUCAGUUAUCAGGCCGUCGGGCAUUUCUUUGUGGCGGGCUAUCAGUCGUCAUAUGGUCCCUUUGAAAAACAAAACCGUUGAGAAUCUCGGCUUCCAGUGCUUACAACUCUUGAUGAGCACAUGUUAUGAUGGAAAGGGUCCACCGUGCAGCAUCGAACAGCAGGUGGUCAUUGUUGAGCAGUCUGAUUCGCUAUUGCGCUCGGUAAAUCUGGAUCGCACCUUCUGCGUACACAUGCAAGUAGACGCUGAACCGCUGCUGUUCCACAGCGAAUUCGAUCUACUUUAUCCGGUACAAAGAAUUCUGAUAUUCAUUGCGAAGCAUGGUCGUCGACAUCUCUCCAUUCUUUUUGAUCACGUCGUUCCUCGGGUUCUUGAACGUUGUUUAAUGGAGGAGAUUAACACGGAAAUGUACUCAUCACUUUUAACCGAAUGGUGCUCGCUCUGGAUCGACGAAUCCAAAUGGCGUUUAGAUGACAGUGGCACAAAAAUGCCAUUCGAAUCUUCCUUGUCAGCGUUUGUACUAAGGGAUCUUCAAAAGAAUGACGCCACGGAAACUUCGAAGUGUAUCAAGCUGAGUCUCGCCUCAUCAUUAGUGCUGUGUAACGCUUACGUGUAUGACGAACAGGAGCUGUCACAAGUUUGCGCGGUUUCUCGUUCUUUGCUGUAUUCGGCAACAAGAAACUCGCUUCUUUGGAAAGCGUCCUUCAAGUGGUAUCAGACAUUGUCAGUGCGAAGGUGGCCGUUUGUUUUCGAACUUCUUUUCAAAGAGGUGUCUGACAAAGACGAUUUUCUCAAAGCCAACGUAGACUUCCUUAGCGCAGUGACUACCGAUCCUGGUUCAUUGUACAUCACUCUGCCAUAUUUUUCGACCGCCCUAGACUUGCCAAUCUCAGCGGAUUCCACGGCUCUUUUGGAAAAUGUCGUUCAAAGCCUGAAGGCGGCUCUGUCGGUAAUUUCGGAUUCGCCUCUUACG